UGACGUCACGCUACCUCCUGCUUUGCUUUACGUUUGAAGCGGAGAACAGCACGGGGCAAACUUUUCUCGCAUAACAUCACAAAAACAGCGUGUUUGAUGUUCUAAAUGGCGCAGAAGAGAGCCGAAGGGACCGAACAAGGUUCCCAGUCCGAAUCCAGACAAAGCGGUCCCUGUGAGACUGCAGGGACCGGCAUGAAGGGACAACCCGUGGAAGACUCCAAACGGGAACCGGGUGACAACAACGAGGACAAACCAGCCGAGAACAGCGGUGGUUGUAUGGCAGCGGAACACGGCCACAACCCACCGGCCUUUCCCGAUAUCGACGGUGAAGAUACUUCACCUCACUGUAAACCUGGUAACAGUGAAGCUGAAGCUGGCCUUAAACUCGGAGAACAUGGGGCAAGUCCGGCGCAGGGGAGUCCAGCGAGCAGCACGGACUCCGCACAAGAGGGAUCCCGGGUGCUGAAAACAGAACAAAGAGAAGCGGAGAACGUGUUCAGCUCAGCGCCGCGCGGCUGCACAAAGCUCGCGGGAAAGGCCGAGCACGCGGCCAGGAGGUGGGCCGGUGUGGAGCUGAGCUCCGUGGAGGGAGAACCGCUCAGCCGCGUGGACUCUGAGGACAGCAUCUGCUCCACCCUGAUGGACAUGGAGAGCACGGCAUCCAGCGGUCGCUCCACUCCUGCCAUGCUCAUUGGUCAUGGCGGGGGGGUGGCAGCAGUGGGCGGUUCUGGGUCAACCGUGAGCAAAUCUCUGAGCUACACCUGCUGCUGGGAUGGCUGCCAGUUGCUGUUCUCCAGCAGCCCUGACCUGGCUGAACACAUCCGAGCAACACAUGUGGACGGACAGAGAGGAGGGGUGUUUGUGUGCCUGUGGAAGAGCUGCAAGGUGUACAACACUCCAUCCACCAGUCAGAGCUGGCUGCAGAGACACAUGAUGACCCACAGUGGAGACAAGCCCUUCAAGUGUGUGGUAGGGGGCUGUACUGCCACUUUUGCCUCACAGGGGGGGCUAGCUCGCCACGUCCCCACCCACUUUACCUCCCAGGGUUCAUCUAAAACAUCCAGUCAGGGCAAAAUGAAGGAGGAGUCUCCGUCCAAGGCUGGUCUGAACAAGAGGAGGAAACUUAGGAACAAAUACAGACGCUCACUGCCUCGACCUCAUGACUUCUUUGAUGCUCAGACCAUGGAGGCCAUCCGGCACCAAGCCAUCUGUCUUAACCUGGCAACACACAUUGAGAGCCAGGGCAAUGGACACAGUGUGGUCUUCCACAGCACGGUGAUAGCCAGGAGGAAAGAGGACUCUGGGAAAGUGAAGGUACUGCUGCACUGGACACCUGAAGACAUACUGCCUGACGUAUGGGUGAAUGAGAGCGAUAGGCUGCAGCUGAAGACCAAAGUGGUUCAUCUGUCCAAGCUGCCCACAGACACAGCUGUCCUUCUGGCUCCCAACAUUUACAGGAUGUUCUUCUGAUGAACUCCACUGUGCUGAUCUACCAAGGGAAGACAUCUUGCUUUCUACUCUGCUCCAUGUGAAGGUUUCUCUUCUUCCUUCAUUCAAGUGGAUUCUGGGAAGUAGCAUGUCUCUCUGGCUUUUUUAGGGCACCAGUAUUACUUUAAGUGUAGAGUUUGUAGAAAACAUGUUGCUUGUUUUAGGUAACACAGCUAGGAUUAAAAACUAAUGAACUGCAUCUGUAGAGAGAAGUCAUUGUAAAUAUGCAAGAUUUGUAAUAUAUUUUUAUACACUUUUUGUACUCUCAUGUAGAUAGCUGUUUUUUGGUCAAGUGUUUUAAUAAAAGUCUGAAAAUUA